AUUGUUUUUAUGCAUAUUUGAGUUUAAAUAAAUGAUAUAUUUAGUGUACCAGCCGAAAUAUGUAAAAUUGGAGGGAUUAUUGCUGUCAAAUCAAAUUAUUUUUGCUUUCAUGACGAAUUUUCCUUUCGGUAAACCGACAUCCGUCCCCCCUCCUCUUAAACGUAUGACGUAUAUUUUGCGCGCCUAAGAAGAGCUCCGCUAUCAGAAGGUUUUAAUUCGUUUUUGUGUUAAACCGAGCAAAAUGCCCAAAGUAAAAAGGAGUCGAAAGCCACCCCCGGAUGGAUGGGAACUGAUUGAACCCACUUUGGAUGAGCUGGAUCAAAAAAUGAGAGAAGCUGAAACGGAGCCUCAUGAAGGAAAGAGAAAGGUGGAAGCUCUUUGGCCCAUUUUCAGGCUUCAUCAUCAGCGCAGUCGCUACAUCUACGACCUUUUCUACAAACGGAAAGCCAUCAGCAGAGAGCUGUAUGACUACUGUAUAAAGGAGGGCUAUGCAGACAAGAACUUGAUUGCCAAGUGGAAGAAGCAGGGCUAUGAGAACCUCUGCUGCCUGCGCUGCAUCCAAACACGAGACACCAACUUUGGCACGAAUUGCAUCUGCAGAGUCCCAAAGAGCAAACUGGAAGUUGGACGGAUCAUCGAAUGCACGCAUUGUGGAUGCAGAGGCUGCUCUGGCUGACCUGGAGGACAGAGCUUUUUUUUCCUUCUUCUUUUUGUUUAACAUUUGGGGCCCAUCCAACAUCCAGUCUAGAAUUACACUUGAUUUGUUGCUCAUUUGAUCAGAAACACUGCUGCUCUAAUAAGGGAUCAAUAUUUCCUUCAAAGUUUAAACACAGAAAUGCAGCAGAGUGCAUCAUCAGGGGCCAUUCAGUCUUGACAUGUUUUCUGUUAGUUUUGUUAACAGCUAAAGCCCUUAAAAGGAAAUCUUUAAAGAAUGUUGUUAAGAUUAGUCCAGCUCCUUCUUUUGCAACCUUUAAAAAAGUUUUUUGUUUCAUCUUUAAAAAUCUCAAAUCAAUUAGAAGGGGAGUUUUUUUUCUAAUGUUGUUUCAAAUCUCCACUUGUCUUUAUUUGUUUUUUCAUUUUAAAU